AUGCUAUUCUGGUGUUGUAUCAAUUUGUUGAUUUUACUGUCUCAUGCAUGUCUUCCAAAUCCUUUCUUUGGAUAUAGUCCUGGAUACGGCGGAUAUUAUGCUCCUCAACUUGGUUAUGGAGCAGUUGGUCCGUUUCCAAGGGUAGGACCUUGGCGAUCGGAGCCACAGCGUGGACCGUCCGCUGAAGGAGCAGCAGCAGUGGCUCAGAAUCCAGUGCAACCUAGAUUUGCUGCUCAAAGCGAUGACACGGUUAGAUCAUUGUCUUCACUGAAUUGUCAAACAUUCCGUGAAAAAUGUCUUUGGUCCAAUACCGAAGAAGAGGAAUUGAAUUGGACGACGUUGCAAGAAUCACCGCAGGCUCAAGCAUUUCUAACCACAUUAGACGUUCAAAAUCUUCCAGAUCAAGGAGCCGGGGCUUUGGUCUCUACAACUCGAAAUGGCUGGGAAGGUGGUCAGUUGGUUUCAGAUAAGCUACCAUGCCUUCAUGAAGGACUGAAGGUAACUGCAACUGCCUGGAGGAGUCGUCUUGGUCCGAGCAGCGAGGAACCAAAGCUUCAAGUUUGCUCCAAAAAUAUCAAUGAGGAUAAAUAUCCGUUGAUAAACUGCAAUGAUUUUGAAAUUCGAAAUGGUGUUCCGAUGUCGGUUGAUGUCCCAGCACCCAAUAAUCCAUCAAUGGAAUCUCGCAUUGUAUUUUAUGGAAAUAACUUUGUGUCACCUCAAGGUGGUGCCAUUUUCCUGCAAGACAUCGGUUUUGGUGGCCUUGAGGCCAUUAAUGCUGUGCCACAAACAUCAGACGACCAAAAAAUGGCAUUGACCGCAUUACAGAAUAGUUUACAAACUAACUCAAUUAUUCAACCGGCGCAAUCUGCAAGAGCAUUCCAGUUUCAAGAAGUAGCAAUACCUGCACAAACUCUUCAACAGCAGCCAGUACAAGCUCCUCAAACAUUAUCAGACACUAUUGCAAACGUUCCUAGCCUUUUCGAAACUUGUCUCGCACUAUCAUGUAACCCGUCAGAUCUGAGUUGUCGUUUCUGGCGAUCAGCGGGAAAUAAUCGAUGGGAAAUUGGAGUGGCCGGUAGAGUUGCAAAUCCGCUUACGGGCAUUCAUCUACCACCAGGAACUGCACAAAAGUUUUUGGUAGCACCGUUCUUUGAUACCCACAUAAGUAGCUAUACACUGGUCUCAGAAGUAAUGAAUGUUCCACUAUUGGAGCAAGUUUACUUCUGUUUCUAUGAGUAUUUCGCAACCGAAGGAUUCUCACUAUCUGUAUGUACCGAUAAAAUGGAUUGUUUCUACAAAAAGAGCGGUUUGUCAAUGGGAAAUGAAAUGCAGGAAAACAAGAAAUGGAAUAUCAGAUGCGCUAAACUGCCCCCAGGAACUUACGAGCUCCGCGUAAUUGCUGAAAACAGCGGCGAGAAUAAAGGAGAGGUUGGAUUUCUUCCCAUCCGUCUUUCUCGCGACAGCCAAGCUUAUUCUGCGACAAAAGCCGGAGGAAGAAUGCAUGGUCUCGUAACAGGACUUUCUACCUGUGAAGCAAUAGGAUGCGAUGGAACUGUCGGCCCAGGUGGUUCGCCAGAUGAAAAUGGAGAAACCACGUUAGAUUCCAUAGUUAUGGAUGGAGAAAAUAUGCAGAUUGGAGCAGUUGCAAAUCUUAGAGGUGUUAGUGAUGCGGCCAAAGUUGCGUGGGCAGUAAUGAAUCAUACAACGCAUUCAUUGCUGGUAGGAAGCUUGGCGUCCGAUUUCGCAAAGAUGCUCGGAUUUCCAACAAAAAACCUUUCUUCCGAUACGAGUCUCAACAUGCAUUCAUCAUGGAAAUCACGAAAUUGCCAACCGAAUUUUUGGAGGAAUGUUAGUCCGGAUCCAACUACUUCGUGUGGUCCAUACACUGCCAAUAAACAUUCCCAAUUGAGAUUCACUCAUUCUUUCGAAGUUACUAAGAAUAAUCACGACACAAUCGGAAUGGUCGUUGUCGAUGAAAACCGAAAAGUUUGUGCAGGAACAUCCUCAAAUGGGGCAGCGUUCAAAAUUCCUGGGCGAGUUGGUGAUUCGCCAAUUGCAGGUGCUGGUGCUUACGCCAGUGAAGUAGGAGGAGCAGCAGCAACUGGAGAUGGUGAUGUAAUGAUGCGAUUUUUACCAACGUUUUAUGCGGUUAGUCUCAUGGAACUUGGAACAAAACCAACAAAAGCCACCAUAAAAUCAAUUCGAAGGAUUUUAAAGUAUUACCCAAAAUUUAAAGGAGCUGUUAUUGCGGCAAAUACUAAAGGCAAUCAUGGUGCAGCAUGUGCUAAUCUAGGAACUUUCGAGUACACUAUUUCCGUCGAGGAAGGAAAAGCUUUUACUCAUAAAGUUGUUUUUGUGGCGUGUUUGUCAAACCAAGGAAGUUGUUCGGUAGCAACUUACCGAUACAAUUCCGAAUGCCGACAGCAAUAUGACAAUGGCCAAAGCGGCAAUUCUUAUAGUUAUCAUCAUGACCCAGCUUACACAGGUUUUCUUGGAGCAGAUGUGAAAGCGAGAGUAUAUUCUGAACAUGUUGGAUCUUCCGAAUACGCAAGAUCUAACAUUGACCUGCAAUGUCUUUCCGCUUUUAAUUGUACGUGGAAAAACACUGAUGAAGAUUAUCUUGAUUGGGUUUUGGGAGAAGGACAUGUCGAUCCGACAAAAUUAGAACUUAUAACUGGCUCGAAAUAUUUGCCUGGAAGCUAUGAUAACACGUACUUUAUUCUUGCCUCAAACCCCCAACCUUCUUCUCAUGACGGACAACUAAUUUCUUUGCCAAUUGGGUGCCAACAAUCUGAAGGAAUUCUGAGUUUUCGUUAUUGGAGAAGUCGGGCAAGAACAUUCGGAAAUGAACCAAAAUUAGAUAUUUGCACAAGGCAUGUGCUAGAGGAAAAAUUGGAAAAUUGUAUGACAGUAACACCGACAGAUAAUCACACAAUACUCGCAAGCAUACCACCAAUAUUUGAACCAUUUGUGAUCAUACUAAGAGGUUACAAUUUUGAAAACGAACCUGAAGGGGGUUUGAUUUUGUUGGAUGAGAUUGAAUAUUUUGGUGAAAUUGAUCCGCCGGAAAGCUGUUCUCCGAAAAACAUUGACAAUAAUGAUCUCGAACCAUUCAGUUCAGUUGCUAAGAAUGCAGAACGGUUAGUGUCUGGUGAGACAGCAGAAAUUGAUGAAGAAUCGCAAAUUUUAUCCAGAGAUGUUGUUCAACAAGCAGCUCCGACGCUAGUCAAUAACAGCAACAGUUUUAUUGUGCUCAACGAAGAUGGAGAAGCAGAAUGCCGAACGCUGACAUGUCUAAAUGACGACCAAAAUGCGGUAUGUGAUUAUCAAAGAGCAGGGUAUGGAGCUAAGGGUGAAGGUUACACGACUGGUUGGAGAAUAACAUCAACAAAAGAAAAUCGCGCAAAUAAACUUACAGGAAUUCAUAUGUCUCCAAAUAACAAUGAUACAUAUCCAUUUUUGGUGGCAAAUUUCGUAGGAUUUCGCCGAACCCCUGUAGUAGACAGAUAUGUCUUGGAAGCAUCUGAAUAUGCAAUAAGCGAUACUCCAAAUGCAUAUUUGAGUUUCAAAAAGUUCUUGAGCGCAAAAGGAUUACUACUCUCCGUGUGUGAAGAUGGGACAGCUUCAAAAUGUUUCUGGAAUGUUUACAAUAACAGCAUUGAACCUUUUGGUAGAAAAUGGACAAAAGAGAUUGUUUUGCUACCGGACCACUUGUCGCGGUUUUUCAUUGUUGCGUGGCAGGAUGCAUCUACAAAGUUAAACUUUGGGCAAAUUGGGUUAUCUGAAAUUGGUUUAUAUUCCGAUUCCCAGGCGGUUCGGCCACUUUGUUAA